AGACGACGUACAGCUCGAGACUACCAAUUCGGAACGGCAAUUGGGGAAGGCUCGUACUCGACUGUGUAUCUGGCGGUAGACCUAUACAACAACAAGACCUAUGCCGUGAAGAUGCUCUCAAAAAAGCACAUAGUUAAGGAGGGGAAAAUCAAGUAUGUCAAUAUCGAGAAGACCACGUUGCACCGUUUGGGAGUCCAGCACCCGGGAAUCGUGCAGUUAUACUACACAUUCCAAGAUGAGCUGAGUCUAUUCUUUGUCCUCGACUUCGCCGAAUAUGGCGAGUUGCUCUCGAUCAUCUCCAAAUUCGGCUCGCUUCUGGAACAUGUGCUGAAGUUCUACAUGCUCCAAAUCUUGGACGCUGUCAAGUUCAUCCACCUGAAAGGCGUGAUUCAUCGCGACUUGAAGCCGGAGAAUAUCUUGGUGGGCUACGAUUUCAACUUGAAAAUCACUGAUUUUGGUGCUGCCAAGCUUUUGGGCGAAGACGAGGAUGGGGCUGAUGAAAAGAUUACCUACGACUCCGUCAAUGAUCAUCCCCAACAUGGCCGCCAGGAACGCAAGGGUUCUUUUGUUGGCACAGCAGAAUACGUCCCGCCAGAACUUCUCAAGUACAAUUCGUGUGGUUUCGAAACUGACAUCUGGGCCAUAGCUUGCAUUCUUUUUCAAUUCUUCAACGGAGUCCCUCCCUUCAAAGGAACAACCGAAUAUUUGACUUUUGAGAAAAUCAUAAACGUAAAUUAUUCAUACAGGGAGCAAGUGCCACUGGUGGUGAAAGAAAUCAUUGACAAGAUAUUAGUCUUUGAGCCUCUGAAGAGACCAACUAUUCCCCAGAUACAGGCUAUGCCAUGGUUCAAAAAUGUGCCUUGGGAUAAUAGAGAGUACAUUUGGAAUCGAAAAGUUCCUAGAUUCGAACCAUACACUCACACAAACUCCACAAUUACAAGCCCGCCUCACUUAAAAACUGGAGCGAAUAGAAACUACAACAAGUCGAACUCAAAUUAUCAAUUACACUCCCAGAUUCUGAAAUUCGACAAUUUGGUGCCGUCUUUUGACAGUAAGUCGCUGUACGUACCUGCGACACGCUUGAAAAAGGGGUUUCUGCCUCAAAGUGCAGCUUAUCAUCAGAGCUCACAGAACAUAUCCAAUUCCUCAAACAUACCACCACCCAUGAAAAAUGAGGUAGGUCAAUUCAUUCAAGAAUCCCAUUACAGCACACCCCCUCCACAAGUACGUGGCCAAUUUACACAAGAAUCCCAUUACAACACACCCCCUCCACAAGUACGUGGCCAGUUUGCACAAGACUUCAAUUACAACACACCUCCUCCACAAGUACGUGGUCAAUUUAGACAAAAGCAAAACCAAUCCCCUUUCAAGCAGAUGCCUCUGGAUCUGCAUCGCAGUGAUUUUCACAUAUCAUCAAACAUGCCAAAAAAGCCCCCGUCUAUGCAAAUAAGACAAUCCCCACAAGUUGCGCAAGAUCAGACACCGCAGCAGUCAAAUUCAUACAUUGCUGCGCAACAAGCAACUGCAUCUUUGGCUCCGCUUGAAAGAUCUCUCGAAGAUUCAAAAAUAUCAGAUAAGCCAGCUUCGCCCGAUUUCAAAAACUUGAGAACCAAUACAGCUUUUGCAUCUUUUCAAAAGCCAAGCAGCACAAAGGCUAAUAUCCCAACAAAAACUCUAAGCUCUGUUCCUGAUCAAUCGCACGUAUCUUCGCGUCAGCAUACAAAAGCAUUGCCUACCAAUCCCACGAAACAACCCAAUCCAAGAUCCAGAGAGCCUGUGAUUGUAACAAUCAAAGAAAUUACCCCUUUUUUGGAUCCAGAUGAAAAGAUCAUCAAGUUAGAUUGUGUCUUGAAACUGAUCUUGAGCAAUAAAUUAAUCGACAGGAAGCCAGGCAGCCUAGAUGACGCAAUCAUCGAAGAACUCAUCGAAACGCAUCAAUCCAUUCUUGACGAAAGGAUGACGCCAGUGAUUGCUUGUGUUUCAAACAAAGCCAAAGUCUUCCUCAUUGACGGAAACUUGGAUGUCAUGAGAGUGGACUUGACGGCUAAUAAAGGCGGUGAUUACCUGAUGUAUGAUUAUGAAUUUGAAAGUGUUAUUGUUGACGAUGAUGACAAUAACUUCACGAGCAAGGAGUCCGAGGAAGUUUUCGGCUACCUUAUUUUGGAGUUGAUAAAAGAGGGAGGGGAUCUUAUCUUCUUGAAAAGAUUGAACGAGGCUGAGAAAUCAAAGUAUACUACAUCCAUCAAAGUCAUUGGAUCAAAUGGUGCUGUAAUGAAGAUUGGCUCGAAUUUCGGAUGGAUCGACUGUCUUAUUUGGGCCAAAGAAAUGGUUGACAAGAAUUUGAGAGGUCGAGUUGUUCAAGAACUGAGCAAUAAGAUCUUGCCACCCGAAAGACAACCUUCACCAUUUAAGAAAAGCUCCAGCCCGAAUCCAAGUCGCUCUAGCUCCACUUCAAACAGCGAGCAAGGCUCAUCAGAUUCAAAAACGGCCUACAACAAAUUUGCAUACGCCGCAGCUGCAGCAGCUCAUCGAUGA